CUCGCUUUUAUUCCGUCCACCACCUCCCCAGGAGGGCCAGCAAUGCCUCUCAUCGACAUUCUGGCCGCCAAACGCGAUACUCCCCAUAGUCAGUCAAGAGCAGUCGACGACUUGCCCACCAUCGUUUCAAUUUCUCCGACUACCAUUUUCAUACCCGAAUCCGUUCCUGCGACCGUUGUUGCACCUCCUCUAACGUCAACAGUCGUGAUAACCAGCGUGUUGGCCCAACCUUCAACGCAUGCAUCGGCCACCGCAGUCUCGACCGCUGUUUAUACCACGAUCACCCAGGUCUUGACCACCAUUCCCAUUGUUGCUUCAGCAAGCGCGAGCCAUGAGACACCUCUAGACACGACCAGUACGACCUUCACGACAAACAGCCACAUUAUUGGCGCAGGAAAUUCCAAGAGCGGCUCUCCCAUGCGAUCCUCUUCAGCCCGCAUUGGACCCAGCGCUCUUCCGUCGUCUUCUAGUCCACACAAGGCCAAAAGCAACAUUGGAAAAUACGUUGGCUAUGCCAUAGGAGGAUGCAAGUCGCGUUCCCUUUCUAUCUCUGAUAGACUAGCUGAGAGCGACUUCUAG